AUGUCAAGUCUUUCCACGGUGGAUCCCGGAAACAUAUUCUCCACUUUUGAGAUUCUUAGAGGUCACAACAUCAGAUGUUCGGUGAUUGGUCUUGGGGCUGAACUAUUUGUGUGCAAACAACUCGCGAAACUUACUAAUGGUCGAUAUGACGUAGUACUGGACGCAGAGCAUAUGGAUGUUCUAUUAUCGCAACAUACCGUGCCACCUCCUUCGACAAAAGCUGCCGAGUGUAAUGCCAUUCGUGUUGCAUUUCCUCCUCACAUCACUAUUAAGGAACGAUCCUUUUGUGUGUGGUAAGU